UUGUCAUCUCUUCUUGAUGCAAUUUCGGAUGAGGAAUUGCAAAAAGAAAAUAUUGACUUUGAAAUUAGCCACCGUAUAAUUGUUUAUAUUUCUGAAGGAGAUGGGACAGUAAAUAUUGAGAUUUUUUCAACUUUGGAUUUAAUUAAAAUCGUUUAUUCUCACAAAGCAUUACAUCCACGACCAAGACAUGUUGCAACGACACUUGAAGUUAAAACUUUUAUUAAGGAUAAUAUUGAAUUUCCUGUACCUGAAAUCUGGCGUCAAAUUCGAGAAAAUUUUAUUAAAGGAUAUGAAAAUUUAACGGUACAACAAACUUAUUACUGGUGGUCGAUCGAAUCUCGCAAAAAAUAUUGUCGAGAUUCUGAUCCUUUAUUGUCAGCUAAGCAUUUGUUAGAAGAACUUAACCAAGAAAUUAUUGUAGAUAAUCUUAAUUCUUCUACACCAGCACUUGGGUUCUUAACAUUAUUAUUUAAUAGGUUGAUUUAUAAUAAAUUUGACGCAAUUGCAAUUGAUGCGACAUAUGGUAUGAAUAGUUUGGCCUGUGAACUAUAUUCUGUUAUUGGUAUAAUUGACAGUACUGGGUUUCCUCUUAGUUAUCUUCUUAUUACAGCUGGGAGAAAUCGAAAUAUAACUGAAAUUCUUUUCCAAUGGAUGAAAGCUUUGAAAGAACAGCAUUAA